GAGAUCCGGAGGAAAUACGAGUAUCUUCUGCUUGUUAAUAUUUAGCUAAGCUUACCUUAGUUAUUAAAGUGUAUUUCUAAAAUGAUUACAUGUACUGUGCUGUGUUUUAAGCAAGCUCUUCUGGUACAAUUUUUUUCACACACCUCAUGAUGGAAAUGAUCAAUCUAAUCAUGAAAAUUCAUUCGUUUUUUGUGUUUUCUUUCACGUUGACCACUUGGUGGAGCGUUUCUCCAAUUUUUCACGUGUCCGAACGACACGUGAGGUAAACACCAUUUCCCACAAUUCUUUGCGGCGCGCUGUCGAUGCCGUUAGUCGCUCCAACAAUGCAGCUUUUAAUGGUGCUGUGAGCGGUGCGAGCUGAGAACGCAGCAGCACCGCAGGCUCGUCCGGUGACCGUACUGGCUUCAAAUCGAGCACAGCAGGGCUUUCGAACCAACCUGCCACGCGGCUGUGACUCCGUUUUUUGGGGGGAGUGGGCAGGGAGAGGACAUCUUUGACUCUUCUUGUCGGCUGCUCCCAUCACCUCCACGGGAAGUGACCUUACCUCCAUCCUCUCCAUGAAAUCGCCAUUAAUUAUUUGAAGGGUUGACCGCGAGCGCCACGAGGCGGAGGCCCUUAAGGGGAGAAAUGCAUCAAGCUGGAGUCCCAGAAGCCGUGGUUCAGAAGCCCCUCCUGUGGACAAAUUCAUCACAAGGGCAUGAGGAACAUGAGGCCAACCCGGACGUAAACAACCACCUGGCCGAGCUGUGAGCAGCCAUGCUCUCCCUUUGUCCACCGUCGAGGGGAACCCCUCUCCAGAUGCGCCUCUGCUCUCUGACAUAGAUCUGGAAACCUCGCAAUUAGAAAUGGCAUUGGUUUGUGUGGGCAGUAACACGUCAGAGUACAUGUUUGAGAACAGGUGAUGCUGAACCUCUAGCCCACAAAACAAGGGAGAUAAACGGCCUCGGACGACCUUUACACAAGGACGCAGCCGCGGCGCCGGCUUUGAUGAUUUAGUGUCCCCCCCCCCAUCGCCUUGCUGACAAGGGCGUGUCAUGGCUGCUGCUGGUCCCCAUAGCAACGGUUCCUUGGCCGGCCGAGGAGCAGACUGAGAGAGUCCGCGAUGCAGCGUAACGGUGGUGGUGGUGGCGGCGGCGGCGGCGGCCAGCCGUGGGUGUUGCGCCGCGUGCGCCUCACCUGGCUCAGUUUCAUGCUCUUCUUCAUCCUGGUUUUCUUCCCGCUUAUUGCCCACUACUACCUCACCACCAUCGACGAGGCCGGCGGUCCCGACAAGCGCAUCUUCGGGCCGCGGCCCGGCGGCGAGCUGUGCGAGGCCAAGCACGUGCAGGACCUGUGCCGGAUUCGCGAGUCGGUCAGCGAGGAGCUGCUGCAGCUGGAGGCCAAGAGGCAGGAGCUCAACGGCGAGAUCGCCCGGCUCAACCUGCGCAUCGAGGCCUGCAAGCGGAGCAUCGACAGCGCCAAGCAGGACCUGCUGCAGCUGAAGAACGUCAUCAGCCAGACGGAGCAUUCCUACAAAGAGCUCAUGGCCCAGAACCAGCCCAAGCUUUCGCUUCCCGUCAGGCUGCUGCCGGACAAGGAGGACCCGGGACUGCCGCCGCCCAAGUCGGCCCGCUCCUGCCGCCUGCGCUCCUGCUUCGACUACGCCCGCUGCCCCCUCACCUCUGGGUUCCCCGUGUAUGUCUACGACACCGGCUCGUACGCAUGGGGGGAUUACCUUGACCCACUGGUGAAGCAGGCCUUCGCAGCGUCAGUUAAGAGCAACAUUUAUACAACGGAUAACCCCGGCAUUGCGUGUCUGUAUUUGGUGCUGGUGGGAGAGCUGCAGGAGUCCUCUUCCCCUGCGCCGUCUCCUUUAGAGCUGGAGAAGCAACUGAAAGCUCUCCCUUACUGGAGGUCCGAUGGACACAACCACGUACUGGUACAUUUCUCUCGAAAGUCCAUGACGCAGAACUUUCUGUAUAAUGUGAGCACAGGACGGGCGGCGGUGGCUCAGUCCACCUUCUUGGAGCAGCAGUACCGCGAGGGCUUUGACCUGGUGGUCUCGCCGCUGGUCCACGCCCUCUCGGAACCCAAUUUUUUAGAAGUGCCCCCUCAAGUUCCCGUGAAGAGGAAAUACCUCUUCACCUUCCAGGGGGAGAGGGUGGAGUCCCUGAGGAGCAGCUUGCAGGAAGCACCCCCCCAGUCUUUUGAGGAGGAAAUGGAAGGAGACCCGCCAGCCGACUACGACGAUCGCAUCGUCGGCACCUUAAAGGCGGUGCAGGACAGCCACUUGGAUCAGGUGCUGGUGGAGUUCACCUGCAAGAACCCGCAGCAGAGCUUGCCGACCGAGUGGGCUCUUUGCGGAGAGAGGGAGGACCGGCUGGAGGUCCUCAAGGCUUCGACCUUUGGCUUGGUGAUUGCUCCGGGGGACGGACAGCUGGUGGCCUCUGCGGGCUGUGGGAUGAGGCUCUUCGAGGCCCUGGAGGUGGGGACCAUUCCCGUCGUGCUGGGCGACCACUCCAGACUUCCAUACCACCAGUUCAUUCGCUGGAGCGAAGCGGCCAUUAUCGUUCCGAAGCCUCGCGUCACAGAGCUCCACUUCCUGCUACGCAGCCUGUCGGACAACGACAUGUUGGCGAUGAGGCGCCAGGGCCGCUUUCUGUGGGAGACCUACUUCUCCACCACGGAGAAUGUUCUCAACACCCUCCUGGCCAGCAUCAGAACCAGCAUCCAGGUUCCUGCUGCGCCCAUCAAGGAAGAGCCCGCCCACGAGAUUCCCCACAAAGCGGGGAAGAUGGCGGGAACUGACGCCAACCUGGCUGACAACGGUGACCUGGAUCUGGGUCCCGUCGAAACGGAGCCCCCCUACGCCUCUCCCCGCUUCCUCCGCAACUUCACGUACACAGCCGCAGAGACUUAUAGGACGUGGAACCGCGCUCCGGGGCCUUUCCAUCUGUUCCCUCACACUCCAAUGGACCCCGUGUUGCCCUCCGAAGCCAAGUUCCUUGGCUCAGGUACUGGUUUUAGGCCUAUCGGCGGAGGUACGGGGGGCUCGGGGAAGGAGUUUCAGGCAGCUCUAGGAGGAAAUGUGCCCCGAGAACAGUUCACCGUGGUGAUGCUGACUUAUGAGAGGGAGGAGGUGCUGAUGAACUCUCUGGAGCGGCUGAAUGGCCUGCCGUACCUCAACAAGGUAGUGGUGGUGUGGAACUCACCGAAGCCUCCUUCGGACGACCUGCUGUGGCCAGACAUCGGCCUGCCGAUUGUGGUUGUGCGCACGGAGAAGAACAGCCUCAACAAUCGCUUCCUUCCGUGGGACGCCGUGGAAACCGAGGCCAUCCUGUCGAUCGACGACGACGCUCACCUCCGCCACGAUGAGAUCAUGUUCGGGUUCAGAGUGUGGCGUGAGGCCAGAGAUCGCGUCGUGGGUUUCCCCGGCCGGUACCACGCAUGGGACGUCAACCACCAGUCCUGGCUCUACAACUCCAACUACUCCUGUGAGCUCUCCAUGGUCCUGACAGGAGCUGCUUUUUUCCAUAAGUACUACGCCUACCUGUACUCCUACGUGAUGCCCCAAGCCAUCAGGGACAUGGUGGACGACUACAUAAACUGCGAGGACAUCGCCAUGAACUUCCUGGUCUCUCACAUCACCCGCAAGCCUCCCAUCAAGGUGACGUCGCGAUGGACUUUCCGCUGUCCCGGCUGCCCUCAGGCCCUGUCGCACGACGACUCGCAUUUCCACGAGCGCCACAAGUGCAUCAACUUCUUCGUCAAGGUGUACGGCUACAUGCCGCUGCUGUACACGCAGUUCCGCGUGGACUCGGUGCUGUUUAAGACUCGCUUGCCCCACGACAAGACCAAGUGCUUCAAGUUCAUCUAGCGUCGGGCUACAGGGGGCCCAGCGGAGAGCCAAAAGCAGGGCGGAUCGAAAGGACUGGCGGUGUGUGGGAGACCAGCAGCCCCCGCUGCGGGCGUCGGCGAGGACGCGUGGACCGCCGGAUAAAUGCACAGGAGGAAGUUUGUGGUUAGGAGGAGAAACAAGUUAAACUUUUCUUUUUGUUUUUGUUUUAAGCUGUUGGCUCGGUGGUCUAAGCCGCAACUCCGACCGAAAAAUUUGAGGAGUGGAACCUGAAAGGAACCACUGCCAACAAAACAAGCCUUUUCACUGGACGCCACUCCUCCAUUUUUCAUGUUCUUGCAUCAUCAGCUCAAUCAUCAACCACUACAGAUGUCAUUUGCACCAACGGCCCGCUGAGGAAAGACGGUUAUGUACAGAAGUUGUUUCCAGGACGGACUCGACCCCGACUGGAGCGACCGGAGCCGGACCCACUGGCAGGCUGACGUCAGGCCGUGUUCGGCCCGCCACCUUGUUUCAGUGAGGUCAGCUCCAGUGGCAGCAGUGGGUUUUUCUCUCUCUCUCUCCAUUUUACAGUUACAAACUGUACUUCUUGUACGUCAAUAUGAUAGAAGUACUAAUGGUCAGAAGUAUUUUAUUCGUUUUUUUUUUUUUUAAUAAUGUAUAAAUCUGUCGACAGAACAUUUUUCUCCAACCUCAAGGCUCGUUGGUCCAGACAGAACCUUAACUGAAGAGUGGGCCCAAUCAUGUUCAGUACUGUUACGCUUACAGGAAGCAAUUCUCUUCAGCGGUCACCAUAAUGCCUCGAAUUUGUCAUGAAAACCAGCCACCAGUUUGUUAUUUUGUUCUGCUCACAGGAUCUGCACUCUUUGAUGAGAUGGCCUGUUUUUUUUAUGCUAUAGGGCGGUCACUAAUGUUUGUAGAAAUGUAUCUGGGGUUUAAGUAGUCCUGUUUAAAUGUAAUAAUAUUAACCAAUUAACAGUUCAAAUGUCCCUGACGGAAGUGCAUCACAGCUGCCAAAACGUGUUGGAAUUACAACGAAGAUUAAAUGUACUUUUAGGAUCAUGGUUUAAAAAAAAAAGCUCAAAGGAAAUAGCUUUGACAUCAUAGGAAAUACAUGUAGUUGCUUUCAGGCAGAGGGUUGGAUGAGACGGUCUCCGCCUCUCCUAUCUGUCGAGUAAGCUUAGCUUAGCGUGCAACCAGAAAACGUGGACUGACAGCUUUGUCCAAAGGUACCAAAAUGAAAAUAUCAAAUACAUGGCGUCAGAAUGACCAAGUAUUUCCAGAUCUUCUUAUAUAACUCUCCACCAGAGACCGAAUAAGCAUAAACUAUUGAACGAUUUGUCUUAAUAUAUUGCCAGUUCUGGCUUUGAAACACAAGUAUUAGAUACGUCCCGCCAUGGACGUCCCCCUCCUGUAUAGACCUUCUUCCCAGCUCUGACAGACACGCCACUUUACUGUGUCGCCAUGUUGGUUUCACUUCCCUUUUUUUAAUUAUUUUUUUUUUUAACCAUUGCUUGAUGAAUGUUUUCUUUGCCAAACAGGUACGACGUCUGCUGCUUCACAGCAUAGUUGGCAGGGGGCCGUGUGACUGGCUGCAGAACCGAUGCAGUGUGGUACACCCUCUUCCACUCUGCAUGGUACUUCUAAGUGGUCCAUCCUCUCAGAACCUUUCCUAUCAUGUGUUAUAAAUUGAUCAUCCUUAAUUUGAUCAGACUAAAUUCCUGUACACUGAACAAAAGAUGAGUUCAAUAAUAUUUAUAUUCUUUUACCCUCCAAAAAGGUUCUGUGAGGAUGCCUUUAUGAAACAAAAAAAAUAGUCCAUCGUUCUUGUAUAUUUAUUGAUAUAUUAUUAAAAAAAAAAGUUUUUUUUUUUUUUUUUUAUGAUAACGACCCAGUCAAUAAAAUUUCAAAACUUGUAGUUUAUUAUUACUUAUCGCAAAGAGGCUAUGACUUAAUUCAGCCGGGAGGUCAUGUGAGGAAAAGUUGCUUGUGCCACCGGAUGCUUGAGGAGGAAUGUACCUGACCCGAGAGGUGCUCCUGCAGACAGGUGUGUUUCAUCCACAUCAAGAUGACCUCAUAGUUUGGGUCUGGAACGAGUGUCGGAAGCCCAAUCUCUAAUUACACCCAAUCAAAUGGCCGUGCUGUUAAAGCCAAGUUUAACUUACAGUUCUGGGAAUCAGAGAUGGGGGGGAAUUUUUUUUAAAAAAAAACUCUUAAUGGGGUCAGAAGCUAUGUUGGAAGUCAAAGUCCCCAACCCCCCCCCCCCCCCCCCUCCUUCAAUCUGUGGCACAGCUGGUUUUUCCGUGGCCCGGAGCAGGAUAACAUUCCCUGGAGGCCCACAGUCGUUGUGGACCUGUGGGUCUCUGUGGACCUGUGGGUCUCAUUGGGUCUCGUUGUGUCUCUGUG